AGAACGUGGCCCGUACGCGGAAGCAGGAACAGGACUUGUCAAACAAACCCUCCCAUCAUCUGUUACUACAGAUUUAGCGGUGUUAACAGAAAGGAGGGACCCGGUCUGAAGAUUAGUUUUUUUCUUUAUACAAGUGUUGGCGCCAUGAGGACGGCGUUUCUUCUGCUCACUUUACUUCUGUCCUGCUGCUCGGUCAGAGGAGCACCAGUCCUUGACAAUCAGAAUGUUCAAGCACCAGGAUCUGGUACAGGUGACGAAAUGAAGAAGGCGCAUGGAAAUGUUGCUAAUAACAAUCCGUCUGAAGAGGGCAGUGAAGUGACAAAUACAAAACCUAGUAAAUCCGUAACAGAUAAAGGGGUACCUGAUAACAAUUCUGGAGCAGAUAAUGGAAAUGCAGAUGGCACACCAGCUAAGUCUGCAGUAAAAACAAGCAGUGAAGACAAAGGUGACCAGCAGAAAUCAGCCAUGACAAAAGCCCAUGGUGAUGCUGGUAAUAAUGGCCCAGGUCCUGUGGAGAAUGUAAAAGAACGGGAGGAUAAUGACUCACAUGAAGAUGGGGAGAAUAAGAACACAAAUGAAGAUGGGAAGAAUAAGGACACAAAUGAUGAUGAGAAGAAUAAGGACACAAAUGAUGAUGAGAAGAAUAAGGACACUAAUGACGGUGAGAAGAAUAAGGACACUAAUGACGGUGAGAAGAAUAAGGAUACAAACGAUGAUGAGAAGAAUAAGGGCACUAAUGAAGGUGAGAAGAAUAAGGGCACUAAUGAAGAUGAGAAGAAUAAGGACACAAAUGAAGAUGAGAAGAAUAAGGGCACUAAUGAAGGUGAGAAGAAUAAGGGCACGAAUGAAAAUGAGAUGAAUAAGGGCACCAAUGAAAAUGAGAAGAAUAAGGGCACCAAUGAAAAUGAGAUGAAUAAGGGCACCAAUGAAAAUGAGAAGAAUAAGGCCACCAAUGAAAAUGAGAAGAAUAAGGCCACCAAUGAAAAUGAGAAGAAUAAGGGCACCAAUGAAGAUGAGAAGAAUAAGGGCACCAAUGAAGAUGAGAAGAAUAAGGCCACCAAUGAAAAUGAGAAGAAUAAGGCCACCAAUGAAAAUGAGAAGAAUAAGGCCACCAAUGAAAAUGAGAAGAAUAAGGGCACCAAUGAAGAUGAGAAGAAUAAGGCUACCAAUGGAGAUGAGAAGAAUAAGGCCAACAAGGAAAAUGAGAAGAAUAAGGGCACCAAUGAAGAUGAGAAGAAUAAGGGCACCAGUGAAGAUGAGAAGAAUAAGGGCGCCAAUGAAGAUGGGAAGCCUGGAGGGAACACUCAACACCAACCUGCUGCAGACAGUGAAGCGGAAAAUAGCCAUUUUUUCUCCUACCUUGUUUUCUUAGUGGUUUUUGUUGCAGUGCUUUACAUUGCCUAUCACAACAAGCGCAAGAUAAUUGCCUUCGUCUUGGAAGGAAAGAGAUCAAGAACUACACGUCGACCUAAAUCCACGGACUAUCAAAAGUUGGAACAGCAUAUGUGAUCUCUUCACUCCCAUGAACCUGUUGCCUUGAGCAGCUGAAUACACUGUGGAUAUAGUUGGAGGAAGAGUGGAUUUUGGCUUUUUUUUGUGUAUAUGUGUUAAAUGGACAUUAUUCUAUUUUGUAAAUCUAGAUGCUUAUUGCAUGACUAUGCAGAUGACACUUUUGCCUUAGUGAGGGAAUUAUGUGAAAUGCAGUGAAGGUAAAAUGAACAUGCUGGUUUUGCACUUGUGCUAUUCCACUUUUAGGCAAUCUUUGACCUGAUUUAAAGGUCCCUUCUCAGGAUAUUUCAGUAGUAGUGGGAAAUUAGCAGUUUGGAACCCAGCCUUCUAUGUAGAGAACAUUAGUUAUUGCACUGUGUUCCAAAACAAGCCAUCUGAAUCUUUGUAAAAUAUUGGGUGUGUACAUUUAUUGAGGAUGUCCUAAAUGUCUAUCAGAUUAAAUAUUUUAAAUAUGUCCAGAUCCAGUUUAGAUGUGCAAAAGUGUGGGCAUGUCUGUGUGUGUUCGCAGCCAUAGUGUUGGCCAGAUGAAUGUAAGAAUAACCUUUAUUUUCCUAAUGCCAUGCAGACACAGUGCUCAUCCACUUUAAUUGCUAAAGGCUUUUAACACGCUGAAGUGGAAAAGCACCACUAAACCACUGAAAGAUUUCUUUCACUGCUGUUCUAGGUGGUGUGCAACACCAACAUCAUUUCACUUUUUCAGCCAGUUGUUCAAACUUAAGCUGUGUUGUAAUAGGACAUUGAAGUUGCACUUUGGAAGAAAAUGAAAGGAUGUGUGACAGGUUUACCUAGAUUAAAACAAAGUAAUUCUUCUGGAUUGUGUGUGUUUAUAUUAAGAUGAGAGACCUGUGCCAAACUAUCAAUGUUUUACUGUGAUUCUAUGUGUAACUCUUGUUUUGUGCCUCCAUUUAAAAAAAAAAAAAAAAAAAAAAAAAAACAUGACAUGUUAAUGUGCUGUGUUCAUAAUAUGGGGUUUGGAGAGCCCUUUCUGCAUGUACACAAAUAAAUAGGCUGUUUUUAGAGGAGAUAAACUUCUAUUUUUAUUGUUUAAAACCUGUUUUAAUGUGAUGUUUAAAAUAACCACAGUCAUGCUUUGUGGCAGUCUGUCUACAUUUGAUGCAAAA